AUGUCAGCAUUUUUCAUAAAACUGUCAGUGCGAAACGAGCAGGUAAACGAUAGAAUUAUGCAAAAACACGACGUUCACUCUGAUCACAUUGUUACUAUAAUUGAUGACGUGCGUUAUUCAAUGGGUGCACUGCUUCAGAAUGAUGAUAAUGAUGACCAUGAUCAUGGUGAAGAUGAUGACGAUGAUCGUUACGAUCGUGAUCAUGACACUUACGACGACAUCAGUGACCUGAGUUCCGCGAAUCCAUUCGUAACCUAUCGCUAA